AUGUUCUGAAACGAUUUAAAUUUCACAAUAGAAACGCGGCCCAGGAGUUUACAAUCCUGAAAAGCACGUUUGCACACUCCGGCUUGCUUUUGCAUGUAGCAAGAAGUCCAUCCCAUCUCAGAGCCAUUAGCAUUCCUAUGAUCUGGAGAAAGUAAAACCGAGAGACACACAGUUGCUUUUCUUUAGUCGCAGUAGAUGAUGGAUACAGGAACCGGUGUCGAGAUGUUGAACUCGCUGGAGCGGAGUGAUCACACUGCAUUCGUGGAAGGGAGCUUUCUUUACGUGUGGGGAGGCUGUAAGUCAGUCUCUGGAACAGAAACACAGUUACCCAGUGAUGAGAUUUGGCUGUGUGAUUUGGAGAGUGGAAUAUGGGAGCGAAGGGGGAUGGAGGGAGAAAUCCCUCCGGCCUUAUCAGGCGCCUGCGGUUCUUAUCACAACGGCACUCUCUACGUGUUUGGAGGGUGUGACCAAAAUGGACACACCAACCAGCUGUACAGUGUUGACCUGCUGGAAGGAUGCUACACCUGGAGGAAAGUGACAGACGCCGGGGGUAACACCCCCUCACCCAGAGACAAACAGUCCUGUUGGGUAAACCGAGACAGGCUCAUCUACUUUGGCGGGUAUGGAUGUAAAACCAUAAGAGAGGUCAACAACUCAAGGAACUUCACAGUCCAUGAAUCAUCCUGGGCAAUGAUUGGGACGGCAUUCUUUAGGUUCUGGGGCUGGAACAGCGAAGUCAACGUAUUUGACACACACACUGCGACGUGGGAGGAACCUGAAACCCAUGGUCAGACCCCAUCUCCUAGAGCCUCCCACACCAGCGCCGCCCUGGGGGACAAAGGUUACAUCUGCGGAGGUCUGGAGGACACUGAUUUGGACAUCCACUGUCUGGAUCUUGACACCUGGAUAUGGACACGGAUUGACUUGCCCUCGUCUUUGGUGCCCGUGGGGCGUUCCAUGCACACCCUGACCCCAGUGUCUGACCACACCCUCUUCUUGUUUGGUGGGCUGAGUAUCACCGGUGAUUCUUUAAGUGACGGAUGGGAGUUUGACACUCAGACAAAUACAUGGAGAGAGAUGGAUCACCGACACCAUGACAAGCCCAGGUUGUGGCAUUCGGCCUGUCGGGGCAAGGAUAGUGAUGUGGUGGUCUUCGGGGGGAGUCGGGACUACGUCCUCCUGAUGGACUCGGUCACUGUUUUGAGGUCUCCAUCACAGAACCACUGCAAAGAUGUUCUAGUCUUUCAGACCCAGCCAUACCCCCUGCUCAGAUUAUGUAAAGACUGCAUAGGAUGUAACGCUGAUGUUUUGCAAGAGCAGCUUUUGUGGCUGCCACCCAAACUACAGGAGACUGUGGACAAGAGAGUGUCCUUCUUCAGGAUCGGCCCAAACCAGGAAAAUAAAAAACGGUUGGACCUGGUUUUAGAUUGACAGUAUAUUUUACUUGAUCUAUAUAUUACAGUAUAUCACAUUACUUAAGUUUUAUUAACUGUUUUGUUUAAGUGUGGUAUUCUAUGUUUUUAUCAGAACUUGUUCAUUUCACUUUCCUAAAGCUCAUUAGGAAAUGAGUCUCAUUUGUGCAUCGGUCUAAAGCUCUUCUCACACAGGUUUGAAUGGGAGAUGGCUACAGGUAGUAAGAUU